AUUUCGUUUCCAAUUUCAAAAAGAAGUUGUUUCCGGUAACCUCCGUAUUUCCUCAACUCGCAAUUUAUACAUUCCACCAAAAUAUUAUUCGUAACUUAUUAUAAAAAUGAAGCGUGGUGCUUUCAAUAAUAUUAAACUCGUGCAAUAUCUGAUCGUGUUAUGCUGUUACGCGCUUUCAUCUUCAAAAGCCAUGCCGAUUUCAGAUAUACCUCAGACUUCUGACAUGUCUAAGCAGAAAAAACACGGUCCCUUAAUAGACGUUGACACCAUGAGUAAAUCAUCAUUUAUUUCGUCAGAGACGACGUCAUCAUUAUCAUCGUCAUCGUCACUAUCAUCAAUAUCAGAUAGCGACGACAUUGAACAGUUUAUUAACCCUCCAAAAUGCGGUAAAAGUGGGGAGAAUGGUGAUGAAACAGCAAACGGAAUGCGUCAAAAGAGGUAUAUUCAUAUAGGUGGCAAGUGGUCUAAGUCUAAAGUAACUUAUAGAAUACUCAACUAUCCAAAGCGAGGUAAACCAUCUAAAGCUAAGAUCCACAAAAACAUUGCCAGGGCAUUCGACAUAUGGGAAGCAGCAACCAACUUAAAAAUGGAGCAAGUUUACUCGGGAGAAGCAGACAUUUAUGUGUCUUUUGCUAAAGGUAGACACGGUGACGCCUAUCCGUUCGAUGGGAAAGGUGGGUGGUUGGCGCAUGCAUUCUACCCAAGAAGUGGGCACGGUGACAUGAAUGGUGAUAUUCAUUUCGAUGAUUCUGAGAAGUUUUCACUGAGACCAGGAAAAGCUGGUUAUAAUUUCUUCUAUGUCGCAUCACACGAGAUUGGCCACAGUUUGGGGCUAGGGCAUUCACAGAUAGAGGGCGCUCUAAUGCACGACGCGUAUCCCAGCAAUCCAUACAAUGUGAAGCUAACGGAUGAUGAUGUUGACGGUAUCCAGGCACUUUACGGAGUACCAGACAACCAAACGAAUGAGGUACUAGAGCUUUAAAACGUAUUAUGAUGUCAUUUAUUUUAUCAUUGACGAUUUCUCGGCUGUCUACCGGAAAACAUUGUACGAAUUACUGACAUCGUCGUCAGAUUUCGGAUCAUCGCUAUGAUUUCUGCAUAGCAGUAACCGAAUUACGCUCGAACAUCAUCGUUUGUACAUUUCCAAUUGCUUCCAACCGUUUCUCUUGUAAACAAUUGUUAUCGAGGAAGAAGGUACGGCUCUUUGGAAGAUGAAGUCGUUGAAGACGUUACUGAAAAAAUGGUUAUAAUAGGCCUAUAUUUAUUAUUUAUUAGAAGCAUACUAUUUCUACAUGAUGAUUAGAAUAAAACAGUUCAAAUGCUGUUUUCCACAUGAAUACAGUAAGAUGGUAGAAGAAAAAAAACAAUAAUAAUUAUUUUCAAAAACAGCACAACGGAUCAUAUCUUUAUCAUAGGCGAAGCCUAUAAUGAAGACUGAAUCUUUAUUUAUAUUAUGUUUUGUAGUAUUUUUAUGGUUCAUUCCACAACUUUUUAGCAUGCAAAACAUUUAAUUUUUUAUUCCCCUAUACUAUUGAUUGCCUGCGUGCAAUACGAUAACUGACGAUGGUAGUAGCACUGCCGAAACAUGUGUCUUGGGGCUGUUAAGGCCCUAACAUACUGAAUUAAAUAUAGGCUUCGCCUAUGAUGAAGAUACGAUCUGUUGUUGAUGUUUUUUAAAACUUUAGCUGUCUGCUGUUAAGUCGUUCCUUUGAUAAUAAUAAUUAUUACUAUUAUAUUUAUUAUUGUUGUUAUUGUUAUUGUUAUUGUUGUUAUUGUUAUUGUAUAAUUAAUAUAAUAAUAAUUAUUAUUAUUAAUAUACUAUUGAUG